GUUCAAUGCAAGUAUGGAUAAGGAGACAUAUUUGAUUUGAUGUCAUUAUCUUUAUAAUCGAAAAAGGAUGAAUGAUCUCAUCGUUCUGUAUAAACAUUUUUCGACAACUAAUAUCUAAUGAAUAACAUUUUUCUGAACAAACUUUCAUAUCUUAGUUUGCAUCCAAUCGAAAUCAUAUAAAGGAAAAAAAUGAUGAUAUUUUACUUAUAAAAAUUCAGAUAACUUGUGUAACAAUAUGUGACAAAAUGCAAAGAAUCCUUCAAAAUUUCAUGAUACACAUUAAUAUGUUGGUUACUUAGCUGAUUUGAUUCGACUGUACAAAAAUAAACAUGUUAUGCACAUCAUUUUUAUUCGAAGGCAAAUUUUGAAAAUGUACUAUUUGUGAAAAACAAAUUUGAAAAGAAUUCCUUCAAACUUGUUCAAUCUAGUUUUUUGGUACUCUGUUCUUUCAUUAUUUAUCAGUAGCCAUAAUUCUUCUCUGUUGUAUACGUUAUAAUAGUCUUAUAAGUAUUUUUCUACCAUGUGAAAAUGCACAUGAUUAUUGUCAACUUGCAUGUGGUGAUCCUCUUUGUUAUUAUGAUGCUCCAUUAAUAGCGAUAUGGAACGUUAUAGUUAAUGAUAUGAUGCCUACAAUAGAUAUUAUUUGUUGCAAUAUUGUUCUUCUUUCAGGUGUUCUCUAUCAAAAAUCUCGAAUGUGUCGACCAAUUCGUUAG